ACCCAUUAUUAUCACCUAAUGACAGAACAAACUAACUUUCCCUCCACUUUCCUGCCCUCUCUAAAACACGUCCAUGAAAAAUACAUUUAAAUCAAGGCCCCACCUGCCACCUUCUGGGAGCCAAUUAUUUGGACAAAUCCUGUGGCCGAUGGCACACCCUCGUUUGUUUAAAACCAAUAGGAAUGGAAGUGUGGCAGUUUGCCUGCGGGGAAAAAACUUUCCCCGGGAUCAGAGUUAGUCACGCAUCACCAAACUUUUGCCAAUGUGUUCACAACGGUGCUCCCUCUUUUGGAAUUUUGACCAUUACAACUAUUAUUAUUCUGAGGUGUGUUUAGUAUGGGAAGUAGACAACAAUGGCUUACAAGACUGAAGAAUGAACUUAGCAACAGUCCUCUUGUUUCAAAUGUGGCCUUCGGCUUCAUACUUAUGGGACUAGAAAAGUUGGUGGAGCUGGAGUUUGAGUGUCCUUGCAAUCCCAAAUGGAAUGGAGUGUUUUCUUCAGCUUUCUUCAUCAUCCCCGCCGUAAUGGCCUUUACGUUGAUGCUGAUUAUUCAAGGAUGCAGAUGUGAUACUUGGUGUCGCAAGACCAUAUCUCUCUCCAGCUUCGUCCCGGCGAUCGUGUGGCUGAUUCUGCUCUUCCUCGACGGGCAGUACUUUGCGUGCGCAAUGACGGACUGGAAGGGCAGGUUUGUCAUCGUUGACAAAGCGGCUCCGCAAAAAUGGUGUGAACCCACGAACGGGGACGACGUCACGCCGCAAGAACUAAUGCUUCGCUCGCAGCAGUUAUUUGUUGUUUCUCAGGUUAUAGGCAUAGCUCUUCUCAUUUUCAUCUGUGUGGGACUAGUAGUGUAUGUGAUUAGAGAGAGCUGCCAACAGGAGCUGGACACACAGGAUUCCAGCGGCGUAGCGGAGAUGACGAUGUGCAGCUUGAGUUCACGAAGGACGCGGACGUCAUGAAUGUGGACAUUGAAGCCUCCAUUGCACAACUCUCCGCUUUGGUCUGAACAGCGGGAGACUACUACCGUAGGACUUUAAGAAACACCAUCCCUGUAAAUAAGUUCUUUUUUCCUCAUGGAAUACUUUAUAUACAUUUUUAUGACCUCAUAAUAUCUGACAGAUUUAUCUGCAGGACAUCUUAAUUUUUUAUAUAUAAAAAAAUCUGAUAGCAACUUUUUAUAAUAUAUAGACUUUUUACAGGCCAAAGUAUUUUCGUCGGGAGUUACUUGUGUGUUUGUUUUAUACCUUUUAGUUGUUAUAGCAUUAAAAUUCGCAUUGCUGUCAGCUGCUGAUGAGUUGUAUAUUAAAAGCACGCAAGCAUUGUAUACCAAAAUCAUACUGAACAAAAUAUAAAUGCAACAUUGAACAUUAUAAAAGAUUUCGCUGAGCUACAGUUCAUCUCUACUCAGCCAGUGCAGUAAACUAUGUUGAUUUAUUAAUGUUUUGUAUGUGAACAUGGAAUAGUGGAAUUUCUCUAUAGUUGUCAUUGGUUCACAUCUUCUAGUUUGGUUGCCUACAAAAAUAAGCUGGUAUUUUAUUAUAUAAAAGUAUACGUGAU